GAAGUGCUAUCGAUCGGAAUCCAAUCUUUGCCUCGAGUGGAGUGAGAGACGUUCGGGAACGAGACUGCGGCGGAGAUCGGAGCUCGUUAAUUAAAGGCCAGCGGGAGUCGAGAUGAGGAAAGAGUGAACCAGCAGGUUUAACACCCUCGUCCACUAAUCUCUCGAAGAAUUCCUACUAACACAAAAAUGCGAGCCUAAUUAACCCCGAAACCCGCGAAACUAAUAUUGACCGCCGCUAUCGGCAGCGCAAUCGUCCGUGGAUCGUAGCUCGGCCGUCGCGGAACGAUCAUGCAAAUCCCCGAAAAUGCGCAGGACCAACAGCAACGGCCUCAAGCUCGACCUGACGGAGAACACGCCAGGUAGCUCGUUGUCGCGGCUGCCGAAUCUGGUCGAGCAUGCGGAGACCUGCCAGGCGCUGUCCGCCGGAACCGGUGAAAAUUUGAGCAGCAAGUUGCCUAACGUGGUCGAGGGCUCGAUGGACUAUGGUAGCGAGCGCAGGUCCUCCCGUUACCUGGAGUACCAAGAGAUCAAGUCCUACCAGGACCCUCAAUCGUCCGUUCCGGUGGCGACGGCCUACGAGGGAGCCUAUCACGAUCAGUCGAGGAUAUACCGGAAUUACGACCGAAAGGUGGGUGUCGGCUUCGACCGGGAAAACCUCGAGAGGUACGACAACCGAAUCUACCCGGAAGACGGCGGUCUAAGGUACCCCGACCGCCGCGUGGAUCAGCGUACGUAUCAGGAGUCGGACCUGGACGCGCCUUACGAUCGCAGCGACGCGCAAAAGCUCAGCAGAGCGUACCCGGAGCUGCAAGACUCCAGCAGACGGUAUUCGCGCGAUCUGACCGACUACGAGUACGCGUCGCGCUACGCGGAGGAAACGCUGAAGCUGGAGCCCAAGAAGGACCACCAUCACCACCAUCAUUCGAGCAAGAUCUACGAGCCGGCUCCCUCCAAGGGUUACGAAUCGGGCGUCAAGACCCACGAAGACUCCGGUUAUGAUCUGGGUACUUGCUCCGGACAGCAAGAGCCACCGCCGAGGCAGUAUGAGAGCAAGUACCAUUCGGUCAGCAAGAUGUACGGCACCUUGCCCAGGUACGAGAGCACCAAGUCCUACGAACCAACCUAUGAAUCCAGGCCUUCCUUCGAGCCUAAGUACGACGAGCAGUCGUACAAGGGCGGGGAUGGUAAGAGCUUCGAGACCAAGUACGAGCUGACGAGCUCGAAGAGCUACGAGAGGGCUAAGUACGAGAGUACUUCGUCGUCUCGAUAUCAAGACAAAUCUUACGAUCAGACCCUGAAGAUCGGUGAAUUGGGCUCGUCCUCAACCAGCGCGUACGUCAGGAAGCACCAAGAUCAGGAGGACACAAACGCAGAGAAGAUGAAUGGUUAUAGAAAGAACAACUUCGAGGCCUACGGGGUUUACUCCGAUCCCGAGGAUGAUCAUGGUUUUCUGGCGGACAAGAAAGCGCCUCAAUACACUUACAAGGGCGUCGUGGUGAACGUUAGCGGCGAGUCCGCGGUGGUUGAUCAGAAACGGAGCAACGAUGUCCGGCAGACCGAGGUAAUCAGAAGUCCUUGGUGCAGACAGACCAUACUACUCCUCCUGCUGGUGCUCCUGUUCGUCAUCUUCGUCUUCGUCGCUGGAAUAUUGUUGUACUUUAAUUACAUGUCGUACAAGCCGCGCCAUCCCGCUAUCGAGGGUAAGGAUCUAAAUUUCGCCAGUAAUAACGCGGAACCCUGCGAGAAGACGUACUGUGCUUGGGGUGCGACGUGCGUCGUAUCCGAAGACGGCAAAGCUUUGUGUCAGUGUCCCGCGGAUUGUCCGUUGACUUCCGAUCCUGUCUGCGGCUCCGAUGACAUAACUUACACAAAUUAUUGCCAUCUGCGGCAGGCCAGUUGCCAAAAGAGAAAGAACACCAGGGUGAAGCAUCAGGGCGCGUGUGAAAUUAAGGAUCCUUGCGCGAAACUGAACUGCUCACAAGGCUCACACUGUGUACGGAGCAGAGACGGCAAGGAAGCUACCUGCGAAUGCCUGGAAUCCUGUCCAAAUUUGGGAGAUCACGAGGGAUCAGGACUCGUCUGUGGCACGGACGGGGUCGAUUAUCCGACACUAUGCGAUCUAAAUCGUGCUGCAUGUGCAAAAGGUGCUAAUAUUACCGUGGCAUUUCGCGGCAAAUGCGAUCCUUGCGAAAACAUCAAGUGUGCAGAACCGGAAACUUGUCAACUGGACGAUUCGAGACAACCGGCGUGUCGAUGCGGGGAACAAUGUGGCCUCGAACACUCGCCAGUUUGCGGAAGCGACGGCAAAACGUAUUCGAACGAGUGCAUGCUGCGGCAGGAGGCCUGCCAAUCCCGAUUACCGCUCAGAAAAAUCUACAACGGCGCCUGCAAUUCCGGACAAAAUCCCUGCGAGGCGGCGAAGUGCAGCUCCUACGAGCAAUGCGUGAUCAAUCGUCAAGGAAUCGCCAAUUGCGAGUGCGGUCCCGAGUGCGAGCCGGUCAUGAGGCCUGUGUGCGCUCGCGGUGGGACCACCUACAUGUCCAUGUGCGAGCUGAAGAGGCAGGCUUGCCUGACGAGGAGCAACAUCGAGGUGGCCUAUGCCGGCAUAUGCGGCUCCAGAGGACCCUGCUCGGAAAUGGUGUGUCAAUGGGGUGCAAUUUGCGCGGAGAAUGGUGGGAACGCAGUAUGCGAAUGUCCGACUUGUCCGGCAGAAUUUCAGCCCGUGUGCGGCGAUGAUGGCAUCAGCUACACCAACGAGUGCAAGCUUCGCCUAGAGGCGUGUCGACAUCGACGAGAAAUACGUAUUCUCUACCAAGGACAGUGCAACGGCUGCGAGAACAAGAAGUGCGAAUUCUACAGCGAAUGUGAAAGCAACUCCGGGGAAGCCAAAUGCGUCUGUCCUUCAAACUGCAAGAGUUCGGCAAGCGAACCAACGAGCAUGCAGAAGGUUUGCGGAUCCGACGGAGUGACCUACGACAAUGAAUGCGCCUUGAAAGAGGCGUCGUGCACGAGCCAAAUCCUCAUCACUGUUAGCUACAUGGGCGAUUGUGAACUGUGCACGAAAGUCGAGUGCGAGAACGGGGCGCAUUGUGUGGCGGGUGAGUGCGUGUGCCCGAAAGACUGCCCGGAGAGCAGUGGAGAACUCGUUUGCGGUAGCGAUGCGAAAACCUAUCGGUCGGAGUGCGAGCUGCAGCGGGCGGCCUGCGGUCGAGAUUCCAAGCCGGCAUUGCAAGUCAUAUUUUACGGAGAUUGCGGCGAGAGAUUCGCCGUGGCAGCGCUGACGACCAAGUCGACACCCGCGGUGACUCGCGUGGCCACCACCGUCGCCGACGUGACCAGCACGCAGGAGCGCGAAGCCUGCAAGGACAUCCACUGCGACUUCGAAGCGACCUGCGAGCUCGGUCCGGACAAGUUCCCCAGGUGCAGCUGCAGAUUCGACUGCGGCUCCAUCCCGAAGGAGAAUAUGCGGACCGUCUGCGGCAGCGACCUCAGGCUCUACUCCUCCCUCUGCGCUAUGAAGAUGGAAGCCUGCCAGCGACAGCAAGAGCUCAGGCUGCGGCCUCUCGAUCUCUGCCAAGGCAUGGAAGUAAAGCCCUGCAACGGCGAUCCACCACUGGUAGACUCCGAGGGCAAGGAAUACGACUGCGGUAGCGGACCAGAACGCAGAGACUGUCCUAGUAAUAGUUACUGCCAUCAGACCACGCGAUUCGCUCGUUGCUGCAAGAAAGUCCAAGGGAUCCAAGUGGUGAAAUGCAUGGAUACGUGGCACGGCUGUUGCCCGGACGGAAAAACCGCUGCACUCGGCCCGGACGGCGCGGGCUGCCCGAGUUUGUGCAGCUGCAACAGGCUCGGCAGCGUAUCCGACACGUGCAACCCCGAGACCGGCCAAUGCGAGUGCAAGCCGGGGGUGGGUGGCCUCAAGUGUGACAGGUGCAUGCCGGGUUAUUGGGGGUUGCCGAAGAUCAGCGAGGGUCAUCAGGGAUGCAUACCAUGCGGCUGCUCAUUAUUUGGCUCCGUUAGGGAAGACUGCGAGCAAAUGACGGGACGUUGCGUCUGCAAGCCCGACAUCCAGGGUCAGAAGUGCACGAUCUGCAAUGAUCACAAUAAGAUACUCACACCUAUCGGAUGUUACCCAGCUGAUACCGUACUGCCCAUAUCGACUUCCUGCAACGAGCUGGAAUGCUACUCGGGUGGCCAAUGCUCGGAAAUCGGCGGUAUACACUGCAUCUGCCCGUCUUCAUGCCCCACGGACAUACCGUCCGUGCCGGUGUGCGGAAGUGACGGUCAGACCUACGACAACGAGUGCGAGCUACGGCUCUACGCGUGUCACCAUCAAGCCGACGUGGUCACGCAGGCCUUUGGCCAUUGCAGAGACGAUCCUAUGGUUAACACGGACUUUCCCGUUAAGAGAUACACGGCUGUACAGUACACUCAACCAGCAGCCGCCAUUUCUCCAUUGUCCAAAUCUACUCGGCAUCUCUCAAUACCGGAUCCGGAUUCACGGUAUUAUUACACCCACCGAGCUCAUCAAGAAACCAUCACUGUCGAGAAAGAUAACUUAAAACAUGGUGUAGCCGCGGUAUAUCGACCGACGCCAGCGACGAUUCGAGUGGUCACUGCUCUUCUGGGUGAUCUUUGUACCGACGACAAAGAUUGCACAAUACUAAACAGUGAGUGCAUAAACGGCGGUUGUAUCUGCUCCGAGGGCUACGCGGAGACCAGCGAUCGACAGGAAUGCUUCGCUAAUUACGUGCCGGUGACGCCGACCCAGGAGUUCCGUGCGUGCCUCUCGUAUCCUUGUCACAUGACUUCGACGUGCAUCGAUUUGCCCAGCGCUACUUUUGUCUGCGCUUGCCGGCCGAAUUAUACGGGGCUGCUGUGCGACGAAGAGAUCAACAGGCGGGAUUACGAGGUGCCCUCUUUUGACGGCAAAGGCUACGUCAGGAUGAACCGGCUGAAAGCGUAUCACAAAUUUAGCAUCGAGGUCGAGUUCAAAACGUACGCGGACAACGGAAUCAUACUGUACAAUCAGCAGAAAAGCGAUGGGACCGGCGAUUUUGUCUCGCUAGCCAUUGUAGACGGAUACGUACAAUUCAGAUACAACUUGGGAAACGGACCCGUAGUGCUCACGUCGCCGGAAAAAGUGACCAUGAAGACCUUCCAUCGAGUGGCGGCUAAGAGAUAUCACAAAGACGGCGUCCUAAUCUUCAACGACGGCGAAGACGUGGCCGGACAGAGUCAGGGGAUGUUAAAAUCCUUAGAUCUGAAUCAGGACACCUUCAUCGGAAACAUGCCGACGAAUUACACCAAAGUCUACGACAAUAUCGGCACCAAUCACGGGUUCCUCGGCUGCAUACGCAAGCUAAAGAUCAACCGGAUCAACGUGGACCUCCACGUGGGUUACGAUAAGGACGUCCUCGAGAGCUACCGUGUGAAGGAAUGCGGCGACAACGCGUGCGCCAAUCUGCCCUGUCAGAACGGCGCGACGUGCCAGCCGAUCUUCGAGGAGGACCUGUGCAACGGUCGCGAGUGCAGGCGACUGCAGAAGCGAGGUAGAAGUCGCAAGAACAGGGGCGGCAAGAGCAGGAUGAACAUAAUCAGAUGCCGGGGUUCGCACUGCACGCCGAUCGAUCAGAGGAGGGCCAAAAAGAAUGCGAGGAAACGCUGUCUCGGUGACAGAUGCAAUUACGAUUACGAGGUCCAGUAUGAAAACGACUACGAGAACGACAACUACGCGGUGGAGAAGUACGAGCCGCCGGAUUAUAGGUGCAUAUGUCCGCCACAAUUCACCGGCAGGAACUGCGAGGAAUCGCUGGACCCAUGCCUUGGAGAACCGUGUCAACAUGGUGCUACAUGUGACAUCAUGCCCCAGGGAGGAUACGUGUGCAAGUGUCCUCCUGGUAGGACCGGCGAGCACUGCGAAAUCCUGGACGACGACUUGACGGAAUUUCUGAUCCCCGCGAUGAACGGUGACGGAUACUUGGAGCUACCCUGCCUAGAAGGCGUCGCGAAAGCGUUCUCCAUCGAGCUGUGGUUCCUCACCCGCGCCAACGAUGGUAUCCUGCUCUAUAACGGUCAGCUGAAUAACGGCAAAGGCGAUUUCAUCAGUCUGAACUUGAUCCAAGGCAAGCUGGAAUUCAGAUUCAACCUCGGAAGCGGCAUCGCCAACAUCACCUCACCGGAUCCGGUCAGUCGGGACGUUUGGCACUGCGUGAGGAUCAGCAGACUCGGCAGAGAGGGAGUUCUUCAACUCGAUGAUGGUACCGUAGCUAGAGGAUUGUCUGGAAAUCCUCUCACGGAACUGAACCUGGAAAUGCCGCUUUACGUUGGUGGCGUAAGACACUUGCGAGAAGUUCAUCGUCUGUCCGGAGCCUGGACCGGAUUGGUAGGCGCUGUGCAGAGACUAAUGGUAAAUGGCAAAACAUAUCAGAAUCUUGCCGUGAAUAUUACUCAACACAACACGGAGAUUUACGACGGUCUACCGUGUCCCAGCAACGAGAACCCUUGCCAUAACGGUGGAGUCUGCCUUCCACUCUUGAACAGUUAUCUUUGCAAAUGCGCCAAUGGUUACAACGGCCUGCAUUGCGAAUUUUUCAUGGGCUACGAUGUAUCCGGCACCGAGAUAUCGGAGCGACCUGUACGCUUCGAGGGCGACGACUUCCUGCAAUUUAAACAUCGUUACGGAAGGAGUACUAACUCAACUAACACUACCCUCGGCGAGUACUCUGAAGAGUCCUACUCCGACUACGACUUGGAGGAGGACGACGACUACGAGUACGACACUUACGAUUACACGGAACGCAGGGGACAACAAUCGAACAAAUUCGAGCUGCGGCUGAGAACGAUACAUCCCGAUGGUCUAAUCGCGUGGGUAGGAAGAGGAAAAUUGGAGCAUCUCAUUCUGUCCUUAAAAGGCGGUCAUGUGGUGCUCACUUACAAGAGCAAGACUGAACAAAUUUCUGUAACGAGCAGGGAAAGAGUGGACGACGGAGUCUUCCACCACAUCCGAGCAUCCCGAAGGCGGAAAGCCUGCACGAUCCAGAUCGACGAGAACGCGCCAGUGAAGAUCUUGACGGAGACGACGUUGCUGACGACCAACGGCAAGGUGUUCGUCGGCGGCAAGCCCAGGCAUCGCGGCAUCAAGGGCUGCGUGACGGACUUCAUCGUCGACAAACGGCGACUGCAACUGGCCAGACGGAAGAUGGACUUUUGCCACGACAACGAUGUAUGAUAACGAACCCCGAGCGCGACGAUCGUUAACGCGACGUCGACAUCGAGGGAACCCCGUCGACCCGGCGAGUUAAACGCGUGAUCUAAACGCGAGCUUCCAGACAAACGCAGGCGUUGGACCAAGAUCAACGAUCGCCUAAGCAAUAACAACGAUAAGCGCGAGGAGCACGAAUCCCCGACAAUCGUAAAACCCUACUGCCGUAUUGGAGAUGCAAUAAACGCUUCCGGUGUUCCUGGUAAAGUGCGACAAACAUCGAGAAGCCCAUCGUCGAGACGAGCGCGGAAGAAUCAUGUUCAACCAAGUUGAGCGAUGCGUUGAUCCUCCCAAACUUGCGCGAAGAUCUUUAAUGUAAUGCAUUUCCCGGAGAUAAAGGGAGACCUCGCUCGUGAUACUGCAUGUCUGAAGGGAUGGAGGUUCUAAUGCAAAUGCAAGUAGAAACUUUGCUCACAAGUCUGAUGUGUGUCUUGUGGGAUGCGACUGUCUCGGUUGAAUCUUUACAUAGAACCGGAACUGUGACUAAAACUUGGAAGGAUGACGCAAGACAUGUCGGGGGGGAGGGGGGGGGGCAAACGGGGAUCUAAACUCGGAACUAGGACCAGAACCAAGACCCAGUCUUCAAGUUCGGACACAGCGUCGCAUCCGUAAGAUGAUGAAGACCCAUGCAGACCGGGCAGGAAAAUCGUGACUAAAUCUCCGCUGUGCAGUGAUAACGUUAUUCCUGCGGAAGUCCAAAGUCUGAUUGAAGCCGAGAGCAGAAUGUGCGUCGAAGUACUGACUUGUUCCCUUAAACGAACGAUUACUGAAAUCAGUGUAGUGACUAUAUCAUUAUCGCGCGUGAAAACGUGUGGACACUAUUCGAAUUUACUGACGCGCGUUUGAGGAACUUUGACGAGUGCUGCUUUCUUAUAGGGCCAUCCAAUAAGUAAACAAAUAAGAAAUAAGAAGCAACGCUCGAUCGUAGCAGUGUUCAAUAAUCGUUCAUUAUUCACAAAUCGAAUCGCGACAUCGUUCACACUGCAGGAGUUGAUCAUCUCGCGAUUAUUUCACGUUACCAUUCCUCAUCCCCUCCGCGAUCAACGGGAGGGAACAACCGUCAUCGAGAUCAUCAUCAUGCGGAUGAAAGGAGAGCAAGAAAAAGGAAAAAAAGGAGCGAACGGCGAGUUAAGUGCUAUGUUUUCAUCGAAAGACAAUAAUAUAUUUUUAAGGCGACGAGAUUAAAUAUAUGCAUAUAAAUAUUGUGUAUGUACGAAUUUAUCUGUAUACGUAUGCGGCGGAUACACAUACACUCACACACGCACGUACACUCUCACAUAUGCACGCGCGCGCGCGCGCGCGAGAGAGCGGUGCGACUUUAGCGAGACUAAAAUAAAGGGAAAAAAAGUAUGAGGUCGCUUAAAAGUAGCCCUCGUUAUAGAAUCUACACGUAUGUAAGUUGUACUAAAGCACCUCUAAGCGUUUUACGAUGCCAAGACUGAUUGAAGCGGACGCGGGCGGGAAAAACGACGAAAGAGGAAAAAUACAUAAAAAAAAAGAAAAAAGAUAAAUCGGUGUUAUGUUUGAGUGUUCGGUAGAGAGAUUUAAAUGACCGUGGAUUUUUCAGAAUAGAGGAAAUGUAUUUUAACGGACUUGUUGAUUUAUUGCCAGUAGUAGAACUCACACGAUACGUUGUUUUUAGAUAGGGGAGGCUUUUUACAAAUUGCGCAAAAGGAUAAAUAAAUGCAUAUAUGCAUAUAUACAUGCAUAUGUGCAUAUAUAUAUACAUACAUUAUACAUACUUAUACAGAGGCUCUACAUUCCAUUCGAUGGACGAAAACCGGGAUUAAACUUUACUUAGGUAGACGCUAUCAAUGGCGAUCGACGUGAGCGCAGUCCGUGAGCGUUCAGAUCUCGCGAAUUAAAGAUCCAAAAAUAUAAUCAUCAAUUAUGCGAUCAAUUAUUUACUCUAUCUUUUAUCUAUUUAAAUUUUAAGGAGAAAGGAUUCUUCAAUCCAAAUCUUAAUUAAACGUAAAUUAUGGCUAGUUAGUUUAUUAUUUAUAUUAUUAUGUUUGUAUUAUAAUUAUCAAAAAAGUCUAAAUUAACUUAUUACACUUUAUGUAUGUUAAGUCUUAUAAUGGUUAAUCAAAUGUAACAAAAAGAAGCAGUCACGUUGACUCAAUUAUUAGUUUCUUCAGGCUUCAUUCCAAUAAAGAACGCUGCUUGAAACUUGAAGAAAUGCGAGAAAUUGGCCCAAAUUAAUCUUGUUAAUUGACGGAUUUGAACACGAAUGGACUACCUUCGACUUACGCCUCUGCACGCUUGCGUUACGUAAUAGCAAACAGUUUUCCGCGUUAGCAGCAAGAACUCGUGAUCUGUGCGACCAAUCGCGAGACGUUAGCGUUACCGCUUGCACUCGCAUAAUACGGAUGUGCAACAACGAGGCGUGUAUAUGAGCGAGAGAGAGAAACAGAGAGUUUGCACGUGUGACAGUUUGCACGAGUGAUCUGUAAAUAAUUCUACGCGCUGCUAAAUGACGAAUUAAUUAUUCGUUCUAGAGUGUACCAUACUAUAACCGGACCUAACAGGAUCAUCGUAACGACCUAAUAAUCGUAACCCAAUUCACGGAUUAGCCUUCGGACGAUGCCCGCGAUACGCAUCAUUUAUUUUUCGCGUGACACUAAGAGAACGCAUUAUAUAUGCACUUACACACACAUAUAUAUAUAUAUAUAUAUAAAUAUGAAAAUAUAUAUAUACACACACUCAACACAUGCAUAAAACGGAGUCCGUUUAACGGACACGCACAUGCACGUCGAACCAAUGAUGUGAACGUGUUCUUCCCCUCGGACGGAAUAACUAAACGCCUAAGUUAAUCGUACGUUUAUUAUAACGCAACCGUAUUGUUGAUUAUUUGAUAACUGUCUAACGUUUCCAUCCAUGUCGAUUUUCAUUUUUAUCUCCAGCUGAAUGAAAAGUCGAAAUGGCUAGAGUACAUUCCGCGAGCGAGACAGAAGUAAAAAUAAAGCGACAAGGAAGAGACAAGUAAAAUUUCUAACGGAUUAGUAGAACAAACAUUUGCUCCUAACUUUUUUUUGCAAAUUUCGUAGAGAAAAUGUACCCUUCAGCAAGGUCUUCAAUUCUCGCGAUUCUCGAGCGAGCGGACGAGAGAGGAAUAGCUCGAAAAUAGCGGGACAGGACGGGUUGGAAACGUUUGGCGUUUAUACGGAUGUUUACGUGAUUAUCGCACCGGCAGUACGCGAAGAGCAGCGGAAACGCUUCCUUCCGGUCACGUAAAUGUCGGAAAUAAGAUCGUAACGGCGCGCGAACAGCUUUACGAGAAAUACACCGAGGGAUACUACCGGCACGUCCGACGACGCGCAUCUCCACUAGAUCCUUGAUACCAAGUUACAUUAAGAGGCACCGUCAAAUUUCGCCGUUCUUCAUCGCAGCAACCGUAAUUCCGUUUGAUUGUAAGCAGUCGCGAAGCGUUGUCAUUAUUUACGGUUGCCAAUGUUGCCCAAAAAAUAAUAAAUUUAUUAAUAUAAAGAGCGGGAAUUAGACAUGCGAGCGAGACUUGCGUAAGGAGCAUAUAGCAAAUUUAUUUUACUAUUGGAUAUCAAUUAUUAUUUAUUAUUAGAUAUGUGAAGAAAAAUAUUAUAUUGAAUGCACAGGAGCUCAAAAACGUGCGAAGAAGACUGUAACAUGUUGUCAGACACGGAAUAUUUCGUCAAUGAAAUUAGUGUAUCAAUUCCGUUCAUAUUGCAUAAUGUUGCGUUAUUCAGAAAAAGAUGAACAUUUUAAUGAACGCAAAAUAAAUUUGUUUAUUGCAAAACAUGACGAAGUACCGCUACAUCAGAAAUCUUUAGAUCCAAAUUAUUCUGUUGGCAACCGAAUUUCCUAUAACGCGGUCUAAGAAGCGCUCUAUGGUAAUGAUUAUAACAUAAUUCACGAAUAUUGGCGAAUAUUGCAAUAAUUACAUAAAGAGAAACAACGAUUGCUCGCUUCUGCAA